AUGGCAUACCGGAUGCACACUGACGAAGAACGAUAUCUUCUCUUCCCCUCUACCCUCUCUGGCAGAGCUCUGAAUUGGUAUUGCCGUUUUCCACCUGAGACAGUAGACUCAUUUGAGGAACCGAGGAAACUAUUUGUCUCUCAACAUAUCUUCCAGACAGAUCGUUUGCAUUCCGCAGAUGACUUGUACACUAUUCGCCAGAAGCUGGAUGAGUCACUACGAAAGUAUGCCGGCCGCUUUAGCCAUGAGUAUUCUUGCUGUGCUGAGGCAGAUGACAAAACCGCCCUUAAAGCCUUCAAAGCAGGCCUACGCGACUGUUUCUUCAAGUACAUGAUCAAUGCUAACACUUGGAAGGCUUACUCUGAGGUAAUGGCGCAUGCUUAUAACCAUGCCUCCGCUGAGGCAAGGACAUAUCAAGGAAAAUUCCCUACAGCCAUCCCUUAUCAGCAAAUAGGGAGUGAAAGCCAAAUCCAACCGAAUGAGAAGAUCUCAACCUUCCAAACAGUAGCGACGCUUCCCCCUGCCCUACCUAAUACCUCGCCAAGUCAACAGGCGUAUCAUUCUUUAGGCAAGAGGAAAGACUUCCAUCCUUACCAGUCUCAGUUUAAUAAAAAGAGUAAGGGGCACUAUCGCGAUAACCAAAGUAUAGUUCACUUGAUAUCAAAGCCAAGGCUGAGGGAGCCAGAUUUCAAGUCCACGAAGAACACAGGCAUGUUUUGUGGUUACCACGAGUAUAAUAGCCAUGACGGCGAGAAAUGUAUCACCCUCCGUGAUCAUAUUGAAACUUUGGCACGUGAAGGAAAAAUUGACCAGUUCCUCCUUCACCCUCCAAGGGAUAACCGCAACCAACGCCAAGUGAAUGUGAUAUAUUCCAUAAGCGGUGGCACACCCAUAUCUGAAUCUUCCAACAGGGCCAUUAAAAACAAUGAACGAACAUUGAAGCCUGGCCACCAAGUGUUUCACGUGGAAAACAUCAGGGGAGGCAAGUAUCAAAAGCCUAACUGGGAUCCAAUAUGUUUCUACCCUAAGGAAGAAAUAGGUAUCAUCUAUCCUCACAACGACCUACUGAUUGUGGAGGCUCACAUAGCCAACUUUGAUGUACAACACGGGGGCGUUGGUCAAUAUCAUGUUUGA